AUGCAGCGCUUGCGUACAGACGGCAGUCCUCCCUCAGGCCUUCCCACGGUGCUGCCCUCGGGACCGGUUAACGCGGAAGCCCCGAGGAGUGCGUUCCCGGCACAACGCUUUCCACUUCACUAUGCGAACGCAGAUGACAACAUUAAUCGCCAGUUGAGGGAUCUCCUGCAGAGGCACCCGGAGAAGAUGUGGCCGCCGCAAGCUGCAAAUGAAGAAGGUAGCACUACUAAUAUAGGCACAGAAGGACAGGCAUUCAGACUUCCCUUACCCGUUGGAGUCAGACCUCGUACUCCUCUCCAGUCAAUGAAUAGACCGGAUCACCAUUUGAUAAUGCAACAGCGACUAAUCGCAUCAGAGGGAAAUCAACAGGGAAUGUCCAACGUAAAUCAACAAAAUAUGGAGCAGAAACAAAAUGUUCAAUCGGGAGGUGACAAGCCAGAUGGCGCUGAUCAAGGGAGCGAUGAGAUGGACAUUGGCGAUAUGGAUAAACUCGAACAAGAUUCUGGGAACAUUGGAGAGGUGGAUAUUUUAACCGGCCUCGGCGGGGAAGACGACGAGCAGUUAUUGGAAUCGUUGACAGCGGAAAUUGGGGAACAAUUCAAUAUCUUGGAAUAUGCAGAUCCGGAAUUAGCAGCACUUCACGCUGCAGAUCACUUGUUGGAUUCGUUGGAUCUGCCUGAUGACCAUCACCAUGCCUCCAAUGCGGGGCAAGGGGCUGGAAGGAGAACGGACAUAGAGCAAAAAUCGGAUACGAAAAUGACAAGCGAACUUCAAACCGUAAAAUUGGAAACGAAAUCGGAAAUUAAAUCUGAGGUCGUGGAAGUGAAGUCGGAAGUUGUUGAAAUGAAGACAGAAGUACAAUCACAAUUCCAAGAUGGCGUACAAAGAGUGAUCACGCAGAGCCAACAGAUCGCUUUACAGUCUGCCAUGCAAGCGAUCAAAGCGGAAGUGAAGCCAGAAUCAGAGGAGACUAAAUCGGAAAGUGAUUGGCAGCGACCGGUGUUCUCACAGAUGUUUGGAGUACAGCAACAGCAGCAAAGACAAAUUCAAGGCGCGAGGCCAUUGCUCGUAGAUGGUGCAAGACCACAGUUACAGUUCUCAUCACACCCCAUGCAUUUUGCUCAGGGUAAUUCUGGCGUAACAAGUGCAAGUGCAGCCAGUAUAGUCAGCGCAAUGACAGCGCAAGUACAAGCAGCUUUAGCGGCUGGCCGAUCUAUAGCUCCCGGCACCAAAUUGCUAGGAGCAGAUGGCGCUGUGGGCGUGGUACGACACGAUAGAUCAGUUCUGCUCACGGCCUUACCGCACUCCGCUCGUGCGGCUCCGCCCCCAUACCCAGGAGUACGACCGACGGGCUCCGCUCCUUCGACACCAACACCUUUGCAGCAUCAGCACCAACCGAUAUCUCAGCACCAUCAGCCACCACCGCCUUACCCUCAACAGAUGGCGUAUGAGAUGUGCGAGGCGUGGCCCGACUGGCUGCCGCGUCGCCCGCUGCUCUUGCAGAACGUAAACCAGGAGCAACCGUUGCUUCUGGAGGAGCUGUUGGAGCAGGAGAAGCGCGAGCAGGAGCGCGAGGGUGGGGAGUGGGGGGCGUCGGCGCUGGGGGCGGCCGCGACUCAGGCGCCGCCCCCCGCACCCGCGCCCCUCUACUCGGGGGUGCCGCCUCCUGCGCCGCCUCCGCCUCCCGAACGACCCGUCUCCGAAGCGGACCACCACGCGCGGCUGCUCUACGAACAGUGGCUCAAGAACUACAACGCCUACGCAGCGGAUCAGCUGCGCUACUACGAAGCGGAAGUACAAAAACUCCGCAAGAUACGCAAGUCGCUGAAUAGUAAGCAGCGUCAAUUAAGAAAGUCCGGUAACGAAUUGAUGCCGAACGACGCUCAAGAAUUACAGCGUGUUUCCACCGAACAAUCGGCUUUACAAAAGCAUUUAGAGGCGGCCAGAAAGCAAGCAAGGCAGCACAGUAUGCUGGUCCAGGAAUACGAGACGAAACAACGUCAAAACAAUCCCCAAUUGACUCAGCAGACAGUUAUAAAUCAACAACAAGUAACUUCUAAUCAGAAUAACUUCAAUCAAAAUCAGAAUAUGGGCCAAUCCCAACAAAUACAACAGCAAACGAUUAAUAGACCGAUGCAGAUUGGGCUUCAAGGUUCUGGAAUGCAACAACAACAGCAGACGCUUAUACGUACCCAACAAACGCUUCUUACUGCUGACGGGCAACCAUUGCAACAACAAAGAAUAGGCUUGGUGACGUCACCGCUGAAUGCUCAAGGCCGUAUACUUCAAGGAGCUCGAACUUUGGUUAUAGAACAGACUGGAGCGCCACAGCAACAACUAGUCAGACAACUUUCUGGAGUGCAAGAUCGCGCUCAAUCGGUUGGCGGUAUAGUGUUCGGACAACAGCAACUUCGCAACCAGAUGAAUCCGGGCAGUCAAACGCCGCGUCCUGCGGGUUCGCGACCGGCCAUGUCUCCCCUUCAUGUACAAUCUCCUCACUCGCAAUCUCCACUGCACUCGAUAGCUCCACAAUCUCCCCUACACCACCUCACCUCGCCGAUGCAGUCGCCUUUACACUCGCAACAAUCUCCGUUGCAUCACACUUCUCAGUCUCCACUACAUUCGUCGACUCAGUCUCCUCUACAUACUCAACAAUCUCCGAUGCACUCGCAGCAGUCUCCCAUGCAUGCUCAAUCAGGAAAUCAUCCCCAGCAGAGUCCGAUGCAUCCUCAGCAAAGUCCAAUGCAUCCCCAACAAUCGCCAAUACACCAACAGUCGCCUCUUCAUGCUCAGAAUCAGAUGACUGCACAUUCGCCGAUGCAUCCACACCAGAGUCCGAUGCAUCCACAGCAGGGUCCCAUGCAUCAACAGCAGAGUCCCAUGCAUCAACAGCAGAGCCCCAUGCAUCCACAGCAGAGUCCCAUGCAUCCCCAACAAAGCCCGAUGCAUCCACAACAGAGUCCGAUGCAUUCUCAACAGUCGCCAAUGCAUAUACAACAAUCUCCGUUGCAUACUCAGCAAUCACCUAUGCAGUCGUCUAUGUCUCCGCAACAUUUUUUGCAACAACUGCAAGCGCAAAGAACGAGCCCUCAGUUGCCUACUCCUAGUCGCAGUCCCCAGAUUUAUCAACAAUCACAAAUACAGAGCCCGGUGACAUCACAUUCGCCGCAGCUACAAAACAACGAUUAUUCGUCUGGGAGAUUUUCUCGGCCCGCACCAGGCUGUUCCCCGCUACCAACUAGAUUCGCAAGACCACCUCUUCACCAGCAAGGAAUGAGAGUUGGCGUUCCGUUCGGUUCACGUCAGCAAACGUCGCCGUUGGGCAGUCCUCAACCGCUACCGUCGCCCGGGAAUACUUCGAAUGAAAUGGCGAGACAGCAAAUGCUUCAGCGUCAGCAAUACAGCCCAAUGGGUGGAGCUCCGUCGUCGCCAUCAGUGUCCCGUUCGCCUCACGUGGCUCGUACCCCGACGCCAUCUGCGUCGCCGGCAGCCUCCCCGGCACCUCAUCACGAUCACGGAGGUGGUCAUCAUCACCACAUGGCGCCAAUCCCCCCCGGGUAUAGAUACUUCAAACCGGGUCUUUUCGGUGGAGCCCCAGGAUGGCCACCCAAAGAAGAGGAUAGGCGGAGAGGUCACGCAAGCAAAAUAUCUAUACUGAAGCGUGGAACUCCACGGCCGCGUUUCUCGGGCAAAACUGCCGCUCCCGAAGUGCACCAGGAGGAAGGAGAACACAGCGAGGCUAGAAAAUACAUUCUUUACUCAACGGAAAGCGUCGACUACGCUUCCACUGAUGCUAGAAUGAGUUUCUCUAAAGAGGACGACGAGAUAGGAAACUUAGUUCAGCACAUGGACGAUGACGAUAUAGUGGUGGUUGAGCCAGGCGCAAUCUCGCCCGAAGAGCGCAUCGCCACUGAAGAGGAUUUCGAAGAACUCAUCGAUAGCGGCAAACCGGAAGACGAGGCCGAAGAAGAAAUUCAGCACGAGAAAACGCUGACCCGAACUGAAACUACGACUAAAACUGUCGCCGUCAUAAGCUUGGCGACCGCAAAACAACCUUCAAGUAACUUGCAGUACAAAUUAGUGAACACUUCACAAAACUCAAAUCUUUCUCGUUUACCGAUGUUAAGCGCGACUGUCCUUUCGCCUCAUUCGAAUACUAAAAUACUGAAGGAAGUCUCGCAAGCAACUGUCGCUUCAGUGUCAAUAGCGAACCAGACUAUUUCGGUUCCAGUUUUGAAGAACCUCUCGGUUCCUAUUGGCAGUGUAGGGCAUGGCGGUGGGCUAACCAAAGCUCAAAUAAAAAAAGUCCCACUCAACAUUACAAAUCAACAGUUAAAUUUAUCUUCCCAACAAUUGAGCAAGCCUAUGAGUUCUGUGAUAAGCGUGAUAUCCUCCAAUGUUCCCAAGGGUUCGUGUAUCAAUCCCGUCAUUACUCUUGCUACUUCCAACACUAUGACGGGUCAGACUAGGGUCCCAGUAACUAUAAUGACCCAACAUCAAGUAAAGCAAAAAAUUGUUAAGACAAUUGAGAAACCAAUGGGUUUGUCUCUUUCCAAUACAAAGUUGUCAAGUUUGUCCGUAACUCAUGAUGCAACUUUGCCAGCUAAGAUUUUUCAAGAUGACGCCGCUUCUCCAGACAGUACGGUCACCUCCGAAAAUGCACAGGAACCGCAGGCGACAUCUACCACUUCACAACAUAAUAUUAUGCUCUCUUCUUUGACCCAGGAAAUAGCGCCAAAGGAACCUAAACACACUUUAAAGGAUUCCAAUAGAGAUAUCGAUAUUGAAAAUGAAAUAAGCCAACAAACUGAGCUGCCUCAUACACUCUGUUUAACUGAUAGGACACCAUUAUUACUAGGUAAAGCUGACAUUAAGAGUCCGGAUCCAAUACCAGAGAAAAUUCCAGAUAAUAUAAUGGAGGGUGAUGAUGAGGAUAAACCGGAAGAUAAUAUACAAAGCAAUAUAUUAUUACCAUUCAAUAAAGCAAAUAAUGAACAUGCCACGUCGUCGGAGGCCAAACACGAAGACAAUGUGGUUAAGACAAUAAAAGCUAUUGCUAAUCAAACUAAAGAAAUGGUUAUAGGUUCCAACAUGCAAAUUUCAUCUGAUUUGGCCCAAGAAUCCGUUCAGAUAUCUAUUCCUUCACCGACACCGUCUCAGGAGCGAUAUCUCAAUGACAUUACAAUGCGUGAACACCCAGAAACCUCUGAAGGUAAUCCAAAACAUGUGGAAUCCUUUGAGGACAUGUUAUGUAUGCUCGACAAUAUAGGUGACGAUGGGAAAAGUUUUGGAAACAAACAGCAUCCAAACAAACAAACAGUUCAAGCUGCAAUGCAUAAUCCAAACCACCCACUUAACAAUCCUACGGCUCAGCGAGUGAAUAAAGAACCACAGGAACAGCCAACAUUUCAGGCACGAGAACAAGAAAGACUCAAUAUGCAAUCGGCAACAGUGCCCCAACUUUCGCCUUUAUCACAACCGGCUGAAAUGACAUCUAACAUGGCCAGUGUAUCACAGCAAUUGAGAACUAUAAUGUCUUCCCUUAAUACUAAUGCGUCGAAAGUGGACACCCAAAUAGUCACCAGAAAAGUUGACGCGACUCCGACACAAGUAAACUAUGAAAAUCUUCUACCAUCCUCAAAGGUUGAGGUUACAGCUUCGAGGCCACAUCCUCCACAAAAAAUUGAAAAACCCCCAACAUCUAUUUCGUCUUCUGAUCCAUUGCCUAUGAGUGCGGCGCAAGCUUUUGGAUCACGCGUAAAUACAUUGUCCACAUUGGGACAAAUGCGAAAAUCACCGACAGUGUCUCCUAUCAACUCACCGAGCGUCAAUUUGCAAAGUAAUUUAUUAAAAUCGCCUGCUCAGUCGCCGCUUAUGACAACUCAAACAAUCACAAAUCAAGGAUUUAAUUCAGGAGACGAUACCAUUACUACAUCAAUGCAAUCGCAAAUAAUUCAAAUGCCCGCCUUGUCGAAAAUUCAAAGUAAUUUAAAUACAUCACAGGUUAUGUACUCUCAUAGUAACAACACUGUAACUACAAGUAUAAGUAAUUUCCAGAAAUCUCAGGCUCUACCUACGAGCAUAUUAGGUAAUACAUUGCUUCAACCUGCCAGACAAAUCAACACAAGUAACCUGCAAUUCAAUCCACAGUCGAUAAGUUCAAGCCAACCGCCAGCGCUGGUGAUGACUUCAAGAUCAAUAAUAACUAAUAAGGAGCCUGCCCCUAAUGUCACCGUUCGUACACACAAUAUUGUUAAUACUGCCAUUAACCAGAUGCAGUUAAAACAAACACAGGGGCCACUUAACUUCAUUACUUCUUCCAAACUUUUGCAUACACAAUUGACUUCUCCUUUAAAAAGAUCUAAAUCUACAGAUGAGCCAAAGAGUGAGGUGAUUGUAGGCCAUAUCCAACCAACAAAGCGUCAUAGUGUUGAGUCCGUAAUAGUCAAAUCGGAGCCAAUGGAGACUGAUGACCACAACUCGACUAUAACAACUGCUGACAAUUCGGCAAAUAAAACUUUUCAACUGCAAAAUGCAAUCCAGAGGAAUGAUGAGUCGCAAAAUGUUUUAUUGAAACAGCUAUUACAAACCUCAACCGCGACCACCAGUGUAAGCGUACCGCAAAGAACUGUGACAAUUCAGAGGACUGCACCAGCCUUAGGCACUAUUCCGUCGUUGGAAGCACAACUGGCCAGGCCUUCUAUUCCACCUCCUCCUAUAUCUUUAACACAAGAGGUGGAAAUUCCUAAAAACUCUCCUAGGCAUAUCACUAGUAUUAGUCAACCUUUUACAAGUCGAUCGUUGACAUCUAUUCCGACAUCAUCGAUGUCACCAAUGAUGCACUCAUCUACGCAGUCCUUGAUGGAUGUUAGAAAACAACCCGUUAAACUUUUAAAUAAAGAAGAUACAACACCGAUACCGGAAUGUUCUCCAACCAUGAAGACAAUGCCGAUGUAUCCAAUGAGUGUUGAAAGCCAACAACUAUUGCAUCAACAAAUGAUCAAAAAGGAAGUACUACCACCCCAGCAAAGUCCGGUACAUAGGCCAUUCACACCUAUGGAUGUUAAGAAGGAACUUCUAGAUGAAAGCUCCCAACAAUCUGCGACUUCAGGAAUAUCAACUGCAUCGGAUCAAGGAAAGCUUGACCAACCUAUGAAAGAGGAGUAUCCAGAGAGUGUGAUAAUGGAUCAUGCAUCUGAAAUAAAUCCGUCAGAAACACCGUCUGAGGCGAAAAAACGAAAACGAAGGGAAUAUCAACAGAAAAAAAGAAAACAAAUGCAAAUGAACUUGAAAGCUGCUGCUGAAAAUGGUAUAAAUGCUGCAGCAAAGAAAAGACCUCGUAAGGGUUCGAGAUAUGAAGAAGAUUACGAUACAUUUAUUGAUAACUUAAUGGUACAAUUACGCCUUUUACCUCCUAUGCAAAUUCAGGAGCCAUCUUUAACAACAAAUUUUGCAGUUUGUCCUUUGUUCGGAUCUGGAGAUUUAACUAAAUUAAAAAACAAGGAUUACGACAUUUCGAAAGGAGAUUUGUUAGGCGAAUUUGGUAAUGCUAGGAUUCCAAAUGUUGCCGAUUAUUAUAACACAAAGCCGUUUGGUGAUGAGGAACCGUUACCCGAGAAACCACCAGCAUCGACACAAAGAGGCUUUUAUGAUCAAGAAUUUCAACCUAUUCUAUUUGAAGAAGAUCCUGAAGAUAAGAAGCUUGAUUUUAUUUGUAAAGAGCGUGACACGGAUACUCCAGAUACAAUUGUUAGUUGCUCAAGUCCUGAAGCAUUUGAAUUUGAAUCGGAUGAUAGAUUUCCUGGACUCAAACUUAUUGAUGAUGAUGAAGAGGAGGAAGAUGAAGAUAUGCUGGCACCUGGUCGAAUUUCUCCCAUUAUUCCUAUUAUAACUCCUAUACCUAUUCGUGUGAAACCUUUGUCGUUGAAAGACGACGAAGAUGGUCACAAACAAUUGAAAUCUGUAGACGCAAUUGUUAAAACGAAAAUGGAAGACUCUCCUAGUAAUCCAGAGAGUAAUGAAAACGUUACCGUUACCCUCACCCUUACAUCAGGAGCAGCUGAAGAUAUACUGGGUGUACUUAAAGAACUUGCAGGAAUACUGCACAUUCCGCCGCCAACAGCCUAUCAAAUAGUGGAAAGAACUGCGACACCACCUUCUCAUAAAUUAGGACUAUAUAGAUCGAAAGGAAAAGAUGGUAAAGAAGGAGCACCUAUCGAUAUCCAAAGCAUUUUGAACGGAGCGGCUAAGUUCUGCCGUCACUGCGAUGUUGUUAUACUAGAUUCAGUCGUCAGAGCUAAGGCUUCCGAGUUUCCACUUCUCGCAGCUAAUAAGGGAAACGCUGAGGAAAUCCUUUGUGACAGUGACUCGGAGCUUUAUUUCUGUAGUACACAAUGCUAUGAACGAUUUGCGUGGCGCCCAACGAAUAUUAUUCUUGAUGGAAAAAAGACGCCGAUUAAGGAAGAUAGCAAAUCGGAUAUCGAAACUAAUCUGUCUAAAGAUCGCGAUGACUUCGACACAGCGUCAACCGAAAGUAUGGAAACUGAUGAAUUCGACAUUAAACCCGAUAUCAAAGAUGAAAAAAUGGACUUAUCAUUUAUGGAUUCGUUAGAUAAUGACGAAUUGAUGAAAGAAGUCGGUGACGAUGUGAGCGCGUUAGACGAAGACUUAAAGAGUGUCGACACUGAUGAAAAAAGUAAUCAAAGCGUUGAGAAAGAAAAGUUCAAAGGUAUUCGUUAUAAAUUAUGGACUCCGGGAUGCAUUGGUCCGCCCGUUAAAUACAAACGACCGACCGAUAGAGAGCUUACUGAAUUGGUUUUCCGGACAGGCGUAGCUAUAAUGCCUGUUACAAAUGAAGAUUUCCGAAAGUGCGAAUUGUGUGGAAUUCAAGGGGACGGUGUGGCAGACGGUGUAUCGAGACUGCUGAACUCAGACGUAGACAGAUGGGUGCAUCUGAAUUGUGCGCUUUGGUCUGAAGGCGUGUAUGAGACUGUUAGUGGAGCGCUCAUGAACGUAGAUAACGCUUUAGCCGCCGGCUCCAGUGCAACUUGCGCGGUUUGUAGAAGAUUGGGAGCAACUGUGAGAUGUUUCAAAGUCCGCUGUGGAAGUGUUUACCAUCUGGGAUGUGCUGUGAAAGACAAUUGCGUAUUUUACAAGAACAAAACUGCAUUCUGCGCUUCACAUGCUCCAAAGAAUGAAAAGGACAACGAGCUGACAACCCUUAGCGUCCAGCGUCGUGUAUACAUAUCCCGAGAUGAGCAGAGACAGGUGGCCUCUGUGAUGCUGCACUCUGACACCAACCACCUGAUCCGUGUGGGCGGGCUCAUCUUCCUCAGCCCGGGGCAUUUGCUGCCCCACCAACUGGCUGCAUUCCAUACCCCCAACUAUAUCUACCCUAUUGGAUAUAAAAUCGUGCGUUUCUUUUGGUCGAUGAAUCGUGCAAACAGUCGUUGCCGCUACGUGUGCUGGAUAUCAGAAGAGGAAGGUCGGCCCAAGUUCCACGUGCGGGUUCAAGAUGACUCCCGCCAUGAGAUGUGCGCUCCUACGCCACGUGCUGCCUGGGCUAAGGUACUAGACACUGUAGCCGCAUUGAGAGAAGGUCGAAAUGAAGAUGGCAUUUUAAAACUGUGGCCAAACUAUGUCACCGGAGAAGAUUUAUUCGGACUCACUGAGCCAUCCGUUGUCAGGGUAUUGGAGAGUUUACCUGGUAUCGAGACACUAACCGACUAUCGCUUCAAGUUCGGUCGAUCGGCGUUGUUAGAAGGUGGCUUGGACAUAAAUCCAUCCGGGGUGUGGCUCGUAGCGAGGGGCUCGAUGCGCUCGUAUGGGCGUAUGGAGGGGCACUCGCUCGUUCGUUACCCCCAAUGUUCGAAACUUGCCGCACGUACAAAGAGAAGUCAAUAUAAGAAGAUGCAAAUGCAGCGGAGGAACGAUCUCUACGACCUCAAUGCAAUUUAUGCUUUUAGAAAGUCCUUUCCUCCAACAGUUGCGAUUUUGUCUCCCUGUUGGACUAGAGACGCUUGGGCCGUGGGGUCCAGGAUUUUAGCAAAUUUGGAUGUGCUCUGUGAUGGUUUAGGGGCGGAGUUAAUUUGGACAAGCACAGAUUUUAGUUGGGCGCCUGGCUCAACUUACUGCUCGAAGAUCAUGUUUGGCGGACCCAGCAGCUGGUCAAAAAUUCAAGGCUUAGGACUGUACGCGGCGCGUGAUCUAGAAAAACACACGAUGGUGAUAGAAUAUAUUGGAGAGAUCAUACGAUCGGAGUUAUCCGAGAUACGAGAGAAGCAAUAUGAAGCAAGGAACCGUGGCAUCUACAUGUUCCGUCUGGACGAGAGACGAGUAGUGGACGCGACCCUCUGCGGAGGGCUCGCCCGGUACAUCAACCACUCGUGCCAACCGAACUGUGUCGCGGAGACCGUGGAAGUGGACAGGCAUCUCCGCAUCAUCAUAUUCGCUAAACGACGCAUCUCUAGGGGCGAGGAGCUGGCGUAUGACUACAAAUUCGACAUAGAAGACGACGCACACAAAAUCAUGUGCAUGUGCGGAGCACCCAAUUGUCGCAAAUGGAUGAACUAA